AUGGCACGGCUCGAAGUCGAGGAUGAGAAUUACGCGGUUUGUCGCCAAGCUAUCGGCGUGCUCCAACAUCAGACGAUCCUCUCCAAAGAAGUGACUAAGAUGAUCACACAGCUUGAGAAAUUUACUUCUCGAGUUCAACCAGAUAUAAUCUCGAUAUUCAGAGUGAGAUCAGAUCUGCCAGAGGACGUCAUACGAGGCCUCAAAGACCUAGUGAACCACAAGUCUCUAGAGGUCCGUGAAAUAGCAGCGUGGACUCUUAGACAGCAGCCAAUACUUCCACGUGAUGUCCUCGAAGCAGUUAUAAGACAGUUGGAGGAUAGGGACGAAGCUAAGAUACGAGCAGCAGUCGGCAUUAUGGACAGAGGACGGACGCUUGAUGGCGAGCUCAUUGAUCUCAUUAUAGAUUGCUCCCGAGACAAAUACCCAAGUACACGGAAGGCUGCAGUCGAUGUGCUUGGACGUCAGCAAGAUUUAUUGCCAGCAGCCGUCGAUGCGCUUAAAGCGCUGGUCGAAGAUACGGACGUAAACGUUGGAGACGCAGCGAUCGAGGUUCUAAAGAAGCAUCGAAUACCCUUAGCAUAA